GGGCUGCUUUGAUUCAUGCUGUUGUGGUGCCUCCUUGUUGGAUUUGGAGAACAAUUAAUGCGGCCAGAAAGGAGCGCAUGAAGGAUGAGAAGAUGAAUGUGGAGGCUCUAAGCAGAGCAGAGCUACUGACUCUCCUCAGUGUCCUGGAGGGAGAGCUUGAGGCCCAGGAUGUGGUCAUACAUGCCCUGAGGGCUCAGCACAGAGACGCUUUCGUCCAGGAGCGAUAUGGCCAGUAUGAUCUCAGCGAUCCAUUUCUGGCCCUGCAGCGGGACAGCGAGUCAGCGGAGCGCCAGAACACGCUCACCCAGCCUCACACACACCUGCAGGGCCGGGCGGUGGGCCCAAACCCUCUGGCUGUGCUUAAACUGGUUAUGGCUCACUGCAAGCGGAUGCAGGAGAGGAUGAUGGGACAGCUGGCUGCUGCAGAGAGCAGACACAGGAGGAUGAUAGCUGAUCUGGAGGAGGAGAAACGACGGCGUGCCCAGGAGUCUGCGCACAGCGAUGAUUUCACCUUCAUGCUGCAGACAGAAAGAGACAAACUGCUGCUGCAGUUGGAAGUGGAGCGUGCAACAGUGGUCAAGUUAGAGAAGGAACAAGCACAGGCAGUGAGCCAGGUGGAGGAGUCACUGUCCCAGCAGCAACAGCUCUCCUCAAAUCUGACUCUGGAGCUCCAGAGAGCCAGCAGCCAGGCACAGGAGGAGGCUCAGAGGGUCUCUCAACUUCGCACUUUGCUCCAGGAGGAGACCAGUGCCCUGGAGAAGCUCCGGGGGGUUCUUGAAGAUGAGAAGAGCAGGGCAGCUCAGCUAGAGGCCAGAUCUGAGAGGCAGCUGGUGGAGUUUGACACAGAAAGAGAGCAGAUGAAAGCCAGGAUCAGCAAAGAGGAGGAGAGGAGCAGGGAGCUUGAGAGACAGCUGGAGGAGCUAAGGAAGAGGUUGGCAAAAACUGGGGGAUGUAAAGAAGAGGUAAAGGAGGCAGCGACAGAGGGGAAAGCAUCAGUUUCCAAGAAUAUGGUGGUGUCCACCUCUGUUCAGACAGAGCCUGAUGGAAAGGUAACUGUCACUCCUAAAUCGUCCUCACAGUCAAAGAUCAACGGCCAUCAUAAAGAGACAGAGCCGACACAGGAGGGGAGAGGAGCAGAAAAUGGAGGGGUGAUAGAGAAUGGGGGAGGAGCACUUUUGCAUUCCCCUCUUCACCCUCAUCCUCACCCUCACUCUCCCUCCAGCACAGCCUCCUCUUCCCUCUCGUCUUCCCCCAUUUCCUCCCCUGUUCUUGCCAAGCGUUUGGGCAGCCCAGGCUUCCAUCAGUCCUCCUACCAGGCCGGUGUCAACCAGCGAUUCCAGGCUGCAAGACACAAGUUCCAGAGCCAGGCGGAGCUGGAGCAGCAGCAGCAUGGUGGCCCUCUUUCCCCCCGGGACCUCUCCCCCACCACCUCUUCCCUCCCUCCCCCACUGGAGCACAGCUCAGCUAAGCAGUUGGCCCGCAACACUGUCACUCAGGUGUUGUCCCGCUUCACCAGCCAGCAGGCUGGCGUCAAGCUGGCGCCAAUCAGCAGCUCUCCGUUCGGUACAGACUACCGUAACCUAGCAGCAUCUCCUCCUGGGGGGAGAUCGCCUUCGUCAGGGCCUCUAUCACCGGGCAUCCGCUCCCCCCUCACUCCUCGCUCAGAGAGGAUGCACCCUCCUCCGAUCCCUCCCAAGAGGCCAGGCAUGAGUCCGACUCCGGGCUCCCCGAAUCACUCUGCUCGGACCAGCCUCUUCCCAGAGCUGACGGGGAACUGUGGACACAACAACAGUGGGCAGGAAGGGGCCAAGGAGCCAGACCUGGUUUUAUCGUCCAGCAGCUAACAGCCAGAUCAACAAACUCACCCCUAAAUGGAGAACCCCAGUAAUGAGUCCUAAAACCCCGAAAUCUGAUAGCAGUUUAGCAUCUCCGGUUCCCUCCAGAGAAAUGUCGUCCCUGGGGCGCUCUAAAAGUCAGGCUUAAAUCAGCAGUUACUGUAGUGUACUGUACUGUGGCUUUAUAGUUCACAUAAUCAUUUGUAAAGACACUUCAAAGCUGGACUGGUUCAAACAGAUGUAUGUGAGAGUUUGCACCCCUACCUCCAUAUCACAACCUGAGAAACAAUCGCAAAAAAUUUUUUGAAAUAAAAUACAGCACGUUACGAUUUUUUAAAAUUGAAUUUAAUAUUUCUAUUAACAUUCCUGUCUUUAUUCCUUUUGUAUGUUUUAAGUUCUAGAAUGAAAAUAUUUAUGUUCUCUCCCACUUUAACCCUGUCUUAAGGGUGUUUAGAAAUCAUAUAUACUGUAUAUAAAGAAACCUAGCUAAAGACCUGUUUGGUUUUGAUGAAAGAAAUGUUCACAGGAUUUCAUAGUAUAGUACACCAAUUCUUUUCUUUAAUGCUCAUAUCGCCAAUCCUGUUAACAUACAAAAAAAGAUGUAUAGCGAAUAGAAGGGCUAAAAAAUAUGGAUGUAGAGUUUAGCAAAUGUGUAGCUAUCACUGUUUCACAAUAAACUAGUGAGUAGUUUUUAAAUGUUUUUGCAAUGACUCCUUCAUGCAGUUCCUGUUUAAAUGGCCCAUGAAAACACAAUUUUACUGUAAAUAGUCAAAAGAAUUCACAUCUGAUUCUCUAUGACAGAAACACUCCUUUUUUCUAUUACACUUGCUAUGAAUACACUGAAACUUGUCUUGAAAAGAAAGAGCACACUUUGUACUAUGUUACUGUAAGAUACUGUAUGUCCACUUUUUUUUUAUUCAGGGAAGGUUCAUUUCUGCUUUACCCAGUCAAGAAGGACUAUGUGUCACGAUUUUGUGAUAGCUCUUUGGGGAUAUUCCAUCAGUGAACAUAAGGAGGACUAAAGGUUUGCAUUUUGCUACUGUAACUGUUUCUGUAGUACUGUAUCUGUUAAAUAAUUCACAUAGUAUUGUGUCCUGUCCAAACAGUGCUACGCAUCAGAUGUUUGUUUUAGUUUUACCAUGUUGUUGUCUGGCAUUAAAGGGAUAGUUAAGAUUUAUUGAAGUUGUAUGAGGUACUUAUCUGUAAACAGUAUAUUACAUUCAGUAGAUGUUAGUCGGCACGCCCCCAGCAGACUUAAGUCUGACACAGAAGCUAAGCAAUUUACUGCUGUGGAUGGGGUUCAGCAAUAAAAUGCAUUUUAGCCGCCUAAAAAAAGUCCCAUCUAAAAACUAUGUAUCAGUUUAAGUACAUGCUAUGUUGGGCCUCAUGCAAGAAACGUUAUAUGAACAAAUUUUCUCUUAACUGUACCUCACUUCAGAGAGAAUUAUUGUACAUUUUACUUCACUACCAUUAAUAAGAUUUCUGUGCACAAACCAUAUGAAAGUAUACAAGUACAGCUAAAACAAUCAAUUAAUUGGCAACAUUUCAUGGUUCCAGCUUCUCAUGUAUGUAUGAGGACUUGCUGCUUUUCCUUUUAAGUAUCGUAAUUAUUUUGAUGAAUUAAAUGUAUUCAAACCUUUUUGCACGUGAACUUCUUGUUUAAUAAAGAAAGUAAAUGUGACUUCAGGGAAAUGUGCCGAAGUAUCAAAAGUACUUCAACACAUUUCCUUGAAAUCCCAUUUACUUUCUUUAUGUUUAUUUAACAAGAAGCCUACAUCAAUCCUUCUUCUUACAGCAUUUUUUGAUGUCAUGUCUCCAAUAUCAGCCAUGUGGCAACAGUCUUUAUACACUGCAUCAAACCUACAUAGUGUUUAGGGGGCGUUACCCAUGCUAACAGGUGACUUCUGAUGAAGUGGGAUUCUUCAUUUAGCACACCUGGUAAGAGUAAAUGUGGAUGGCUAAGAAUGUUUGAUGCAUCUGAAGUUGGCUUUUCUUGAUUUUUCUCUUACCAGAAAAUUAAGAGAAAAUGUAAGAGAAAUUUAAGAGAAUGUUGCUGCAUGACGCCCAAUUGUGAGUAUUUUUUACUGCGUUUUCUUUUCUUCAGUCUAUUUUGACAGGGAAGCGGUUAACAGCUUCAGCUUCAACAUCUAUGCUCUCAUCAAAGCCACCAGACUCCAUUGACAAAGACAGUAAUUUUGGCUGAAGAUAGUGUUAUUGUGUGACAUUGGUGAAUCUGAGCUAACCCUUUAAAACGCUUAAGUCACACAAUGACAAACAGUAACUGUCUGAGGCAGCGGUAGACCAGCAGCUCCUGUGUUCAGCAAUGAAGAGUCUGGCUUUGAAGAGAGGAAUAUAAUGGCUUCGCUUUCCUGUUAAUCACUGUCUGGCAUGAAUGAAAAUACUAUCAAUAAUGCGUAAAUCUAAACUGAUAUAAUUUUUUAGGUGGUUAAAGUCCUUGCUGACCCCUCCACAGCAGUACAUAGCUUACCUUCUGUGUCGGGCUCCAGCCUGUUUUUCCAUACUCAGGGCGUGCCAACUGACAUCUUCAGGUUUUCCACACAUUAUCAUGGAAAAAAUUUCAAAACUUUUCCACGACUUCUUAUGGACCCAAAACAUAGAUAUUUUUUUUUAAUUCCCUCACUUGCCUGGCAUUUUUCAAACGUGUAAGAUUCAAACUCUAUUCAAACAUAGUUUCAGCACCCCACAUGAUUUGUUCAAGGGCCGUUAGAAAUUUGAACAUCCAAAAAUAAUUUCUGUUAAGUUUCUGACUGUUACAUUUUGAAAGAAAACUUGCCUUUCAAA